GGGCCGCCCCGCGGUUGCCAUGGUUACCGCGCACCCGGAAGUGCCGUGAGGGGGAGGCCGCGGCCGCCCCGGCCCCCCCCUGAGGCCGCCCCCGGCCAUGGCCCGAGGGGCAGGAGAGGCGGCCGCGGAGGGGCAGCUGGGAGAUGACAGCCUGUCCGUGAUAACCUGUGAAUCAGAUGCAGAAAUGAGGUUAAAGAAGAGAAUUUUUCACAAGCCUCCGAAGUCACCAAAGUCUCCGUACAGCUCUAGCACACAACUGUAUCCUAAAAAAACUGCCGUUUGGAGAUCUCUGCAGGGAACAGGCAGUGCAUGUUUUGAGAAUGCAGCUGUAAAAAACCCAAGGCAGAUGUGGCUGGGAUCACUGAAACAAGGAGUGAGCCACCCCCUGAAAUCAGAUGUUGACGUGGGGCAUGCGCGAUCUAGUGUUUCUAGUAGCACUCCGGAGUAUUUGAAGGAAGCUCUAGGAAUGAAGAAGCCAAAACACUCCCGUUCUUCUAGUAAUGGCUACAUUCCUGGAACUCCUGACUACAAAGAAAAAGAAGAUAUGUAUGAUGAAAUAAUAGAACUUAAAAAGACAAUACAAGCUCAGAAAAAUGAAGGAGAUCGAAUGAAAACUAAGCUCCGUCGACUAGAAGAAGAGAAUAACAGAAAGGAUAAACGGAUUGAGCAACUGUUGGAUCCUUCCAAGUGCUCUGAGCUGGCACGAGCUUUGUCAGAAAAGAAGUCUGACAAUGGAUGGGUGGUUAGUGGAUUAAAGCAGAAGGUUCUCAAGCUAGAACAACAGUGCAAGGAGAAAGACAAUGCUAUCAACAAAUUCCAGUCAGACCUGAAGACCAAUAAUUUGGAAGAAAUGAGGAUAGCUAUGGAAACCUACUAUGAAGAGGUUCACCGUCUCCAAGUCCUCCUGGCAAAAUCUGAAACUAUGAGGAAAAAUAUAGAGAGCAAAGAUACCCAAAAACGACUAAAGGCAUUGAACGCUGCUGUCCUGAGAUUAUCCCGGAACAUCAAAGAAUUACAGAAUGAGAAUCGGAGUCUGAAAGAAGAUCUCGAUCACGUAGUGAGCACUUCUCUUGCAUCCAAUAUAACAAAAAAUUACAGUGAAUGGAGCAAGCAGAGGCUGAUGAGGCGGAUUAUGGAACUAGAAAAGAAACUAGGUGCCAUGGAGAACACCCGGGUGUCACCAGCAGAUAGCGAGUCAUCACAGUUACUUGCUGUGUCAUCUUCACCUUCUGCAGACCUGGAUCAUCCAGCCUCUCAACAGGUAGACCACGUUAAAGAAUGUCAUCACCUCCGAGGGCUGGUGAAGAAACUGAAGAGUGAUAGGAGAGCACUUCAAAAUCUCCUACUUAGUAAAGAAUUAGAUAUCAAGCAGUUGCUGCAGGCAAAGGCUGAAGUGGAGUUGGAGCUGCAGAAGUGGCAGAAUAAGAAAGAAGAAAAAAGUAUGGAAGAACAGACUUCAAGUGAGGAAAUCCAGAUCCUUACACAGAAAGUUGGGAAAUCAGAGGCAACACUGGAGGAAGAGAAGAGUGAAAUGGCAGAAGAUACAAUGGAAAAGCUUGAUAAGUCCUCACCAGUCUGCACGGUUAAAGGCGAAGAAGAUCACAGGAAGGAACAAGCAGCCAAAUGCAUUCAGAGGUCGUGGAAGUUGUACCAAAACAAGAAAGAAGAAAUUGUUCUGGAUGAGGCGGUUGUUGUGCUUCAGGCAGCUUUCAGAGGACAUUUAGCUCGACAGAAACUGUUACUGAGUAGUGGGAUGCAUGAUGCAAAACCUCACAACAGGCAUAGCCUUGGAAAAACGAACUCCUGUAUGUCUCGUGUGUCAAACUCUUUGAGCUCAUCUUCUGACUGGGAGGAAAAAGAGGAGACUGUGACAUUCAUCCAGUCCAUUUUCAGGGCUCACUUAGCACGUGCAGUACUGCUUGAGGAGAGACCCUCUGUGUCCAGUGCAACAACUGAGAAAGCAGAUUCUGCUGUCUGUGUUACAGAGAAGAAGCCAGUCUCAGCAGCACUCCAGAGAACUCCUUCAGUCAUCAUGUCACCUCUUCUUGCCAGGUCUUCUGAGAAGCAAUCGCAGCCCACUCUCUCCCUGUCUGUGGAUGAAGCUCACUCAGAUGAUUCAGAUGAUAUUGUCAUCGUUUCUCCAUUGUUACAGAUGAAGAAAAACCCCACCCACUUUUGUAAUGGGCCCCGAUGAUCUUGAAUUAUUUGAUUCACAAACAAAAAUAUUUCCAAGAAGGUAAAGCAUAUCAAAGAUGAAAAGGAGGAGUGUUAGCCUACAGUUGUCAUUAUUUCAGAUGUAAAUGAAUAAUUGUUUGAUACGUCUGACUACAUGGCUAAAAGCUGCUGACUGACCGUUAUGUUUAUCCUUCUGGUACAGAGAGUUUGAAUUUUAAAAAAGACUAAAACAAAGCAAUGUUUUGUCUCACAGAUUCAAUUAUCAAUUUUAAAUGAAAGCAGUAAAGACUUAAAAUAUUUCAUGUCAAACAAAGUCUUGUUUCAGGUUGGCUGAAAUACUUUGUUUAAUCAGAAUGUGAAAAAUAACUUGGCUCCAAUUUUCAGCUUGUGUAUGUGAAGGGGAACAGCUUGUAUUUGCUACAAGGUCCUCUCUAUUUAAAAUUUUUAUAGUGUCAUAUUGUAAUGUUUUUGGUGUUUUUUUUUUUGCUUUUUACACUAAACAUUUAAAGUCUAUGCAGACCAAUAAAGUCUUCUAGGAAAUCACUUCUGUGUCAUAGGGCUACUCUAGGCCUACUGUAGCUGCAUGGUUUCCUUAUUUAUUGCUUUUUCCAAAUGUGUUUGCUAUAAUAUGUAUAGCACUGUUUUGUAUUUGAAAUGUCUAAUCACGUAAUCACUUUUUUUAUAUUUGUCAGAGAAGGGUGUAAUAGCAGGAGUGUUCUGUGAAGGAUGCCCUUGUGACUGCUUUUUCUGCUUACGUAUCAGUGAGUGGAGUAUGCAGGGUCAUCUCUAGUAAGUGCAAACAUUUGACAUAGAAGAUACGUUGAUUUAUGUUCUGUUUUAGCUUACAUCACUUGACUGAAACUUUGACUAGCUAGAUUGCUCAUACACUGAGCAUUAAGGGAUUUUAAGUCUAAUUUUGCUCUGCUGUUGUUGAUCUCUCUUCUCAGCAGUACUUUUGUGUGCAUGCAUAUCAGCAGUAUGUGCUGCAAGUGCACUGUGAGACCAGUCGCAGGCUGGGAGUGGGGUCACGAGACAGCCGUCUUCUGUCAUCAGGUAAAGCUAUGAGGCUUACUGCUGGAAAGCAUGGGCACUACCCGCUCUAUUCUGAGGGACGUGGAUUGGGAUGAGCGACAUAUUCAGACCCAUGUAGCCUGAACAGAAGCAGUAGGUUGGCUUAUAAUAGAUAACAAGACUACAUCCAGAAAUAACACUAAUUGACAAUAUCUUUAGCAGGCUCCAUGAAAGGACCAAUGACAUAAUAGACUGUGGACAAUAUGGUCAGAGGAGUCUUUCCAAAUCUUUUACACAAACUGUACCUUUCUUGCUGGGAGGAGGAGCUUUUAGUCCAGACUAUUGUUCCAACACCCUUCAAAGGCAUGAAAAUGCCUUUUUAUGAAAGGUGAACUGGGUAAAUUAUGUGAUAUUUACUGGAAGUAGAAUUUCAUUUUGCAAACAGCAAAGUUUUUGUAGAGACCCUAAUGGUUCUUUGUCAUCAAGGAGUAAUAAAGUCACCUGUAAACAGAAAGCAUGCUUUUAAAUAGAAGAUUUUUAUCACCUUUUCCCUCUUCUUUUUUUAAAUUAAAAAUCAGUCACCACUGUUUUGCAGAAUACUAAUAAGCCAGAGCUGUCUCAGUUCUCUGAUUUCAAUGAAGCACUAUCUGAGCUUAUCAUAGUUCAUGCCAAUACUUGCAGCCAAAGGAAACUGGAUGGCUGCAGCACAAUGCAGCUGAUUUCAUUUAAUCCCAUCAGUGGAAACGCUGCCUUUGCUUUUUCCAAAGGCAAUUUUGGGAGCUCUCCAUACCCUAAGCAGUCUGAAGAAUGUCAUUUAUACUUGUGUUGGGUAAAUUUUUCCUGCUGGUAGUUUGGUCACAUGACUGUCAUCUGCAGCAAGGAUAAAUAUAUAUAAAAUAAAAGGGAUAAAAUCCUCUUGGUAGAAGCUUAGACUGUUUCCCUCUUUUUCUGAAAGUCAGGUUAUAAAAAAGUAAUUUUGCUAAAUAGAAGCAGAGCUGUAUUGAGUUGCUUAUGUAUAAUAUUUCAAGUCUGUAACUGUGACUCUGUCAUGGAUACCUCCAGAGAGAGUAACUAGAGCUGAGAACUCUGACACAUCGAGGAGAGAGUAUGUAGUGUACAUCAGGACCGAGACUGAUAUAAAAUACCUACCUAACUGUUACCCUUUAGGGAAAUACUUGGACAGCAAAUAUGAUGAAGAUGACAUUUACUUUACUGUACCAUAACAAAGAACAAAUAUGAAAGUAUCAGGAAGUAGAUACAGAGUAGAAAAACUUGUGUUUUAACUGGGCAUACGACUAGCAGUAGAAUAGCUGAGUUCCAGGAUAAAGGAGAGAGAGUUGCUUGGUGUGACCCAAAGUCGUAGACAGACAGAAGGGUGAAAAGGAGCAAACACCUUCUGAAGUUAAUGAAAAUGUCUCUAGAGCUUCCUAAAUUCAAUUCUAUUUGAUAAC